GAAUGACGUCGAAUCUUACCAAAGUUAUGUCACCGAGUCACCGCUAUCAUUAGCCUUUAUUUCUGACGCUGGUUUAAUAAAUGCCCCGUGAGUUAGAAAAGAAAAACUCGCUAGAUUGUGUUCAGUUUGGUGAGGAUGUUCGACUCUGCAGAGUUAUUCUUGACAUUGACCGUCUGCGGUUAUCCCGCUGGUUCAGUAUAUCAAGCGAUCGUUAUCUGCAGCCCGGCUGGUCCGAGCAAAGGGCGCUUCGUAAAGACACGAAACGUCUCUGACCCGGGAGUGAAUUGGGAAAUCUCUGGCGAGUCCAGGGGCACAGGACACCCAGAUCGGAGGAACCAUUCAGAACUGGAAGGUGACAGGAAAGCAACGUCCACGUUGUCCGAAAUAGGUCUAUGGCAGCUGUGAGGCGUUUGUGGACGUCCAGGUCUGAAGAGGUUGUAGAGAUGGACGGAUGGGUAGACUUCAUACAGAAAGUCAGUGUGCUGCAGUGGGUUCUAACCUUCCUGUUUAUGGGUGCGUUCUUCACCCUACUGACCAUCUACCUGCUGUUUACCUCGCUGUGGCUCCUCCCCACUGCCUACCUGCUGUGGAUGGUGCUGGACUGGAGCACCCCAGAAAGAGGGAGCAGACAGAGUGACUGGGUGCGAAAAUGGCAAGUGUGGAGGCACUUUAAGAACUACUUCCCUGUGAAGCUGGUGAAGACCACAGAACUGAGCCCCAGUAAGAACUACAUCCUGGGCUCUCACCCCCACGGGAUUAUGUGUGUGGGGGCCUUCUGCUGCUUCAGCACUGGAUACGGCGGAUUCUCCGAGGCCUUCCCAGGCCUGCGGGCCAACCUGGCCAUCUUGGCGGGGCUCUUCCGCCUGCCGAUCUUCCGGGAGUACCUGAUGAGUGCAGGCAUGUGCCCAGUGAGCAAGCCCAGCCUAGAGCACCUCCUCUCCAGGCGUGGCCAAGGGAAUGCCGUGGUGAUAGUGACAGGGGGCGCUGCUGAGUCACUGGACUCUGCCCCAGGUAUCAACGUUGUGGUCAUGAAGCAGAGGAAAGGCUUUGUCCGGCUGGCCCUGGAAUACGGGGCUGACCUGGUGCCGGUGUACUCCUUCGGAGAGAACGAGCUCUUCAAGCAGGUGGUCUUCCCUGAGGGCAGUAUGGCACGCAGCCUGCAGACAAUCUUCAAGAAGCUCAUAGGCUUUGCCCCGUGCCUCUUCAUGGGCCAGAGCUGGGGCCUGGUGCCCUACAAGAGGCCUGUCACCACCGUGGUGGGGGGCCCAAUCCCUGUGCCCAGGCGGCCUUCACCCCCUGAGGAGAUGGUGGACCACUACCACAGCCUCUACAUGGAGGCCCUCACCAAGCUGUUCCACGAACAUAAGGUCAGCUGUGGCCUGUCAGAGUCACAUGACCUACGCAUCAUCUAGCAGUUCGUUGAGCGCUUUUGUGGAAACGGGAGCAACUGCACCGGAAACGGUGCUCUGAUACAGCAGAUGGGUACCUGCCAGAUGAGACCCAACCAGGAGGCACCAGCUAUAAAAACCACCAGCCAAUGUGGCUGAAAGACUAUUUAGAAAUCUAAUAAAUAUUCCUAUUGCUCACAUAUUGCAGUUAACUGUUUCUGCCACUGGGUGUCAUUGUUUCACCUAUUUUGUUCAGGUCAAAAGUUCUGAUAAACUAACUUCCAGUCCUUGGUGUGAGAGCUGCUGUUCGAAAGUCUAAAGCCCCGGCAGUCAUAUGUUUACAGAAUACAGAGAGAUGUUCAUGUCGGAGUGGAGCACAAGUUGGGCUGUCUGGCCCCACCCACAGUCUCCCACUGACCAAUAGAUCGUUAGUACACUGUAAGAGGGAGGGGCUUACAUCAUCAUAACAUGAAG